AUGAGCUUAUCUGCUUUUGGGAUCAUUAGUGCCAUCAAUGAAUGUGUCAAUUUGUUCCAGUCAGCAAAAUCUGCGAUUUCAUCUCUGCGCUCCCGAUGGAGUGGCUCACAGGAGCAAAGUCUCCAGGAUCAUGUAUUGCAAUUACAGAGUGACCUACAACGUCUCUGUGACACCCUUCCUGCAAUGUACGACCUCAUUAAUGGAGCAGAGUGGAGAAGCCACAAACGUUGUGUGGCCAUGCUCCUUCCUAGCCUCAAGGAUGUCGUGUGUGAGGCUGAAGACCUUAUUGAUGAGUUUAGAUGGUACGAGAUGAAGGUGCAAGCGGAGGGCAAUGCAACCCGAUCUCCUUUCAUCGACUUCCUUGAUAAGGUCAUUCAUGGCAACUUCAACAAACUGAAUGAUGUCCAAGUAAGAUUGGUUCAUCUUUCGAGUCAGCUAGAGAAGAUGGGGCUUCCUGGAGUUACACAACACUUUGACAAAUUGAUCAGACCGGAGACCACCUCUUUGCCAAGUGAAACAAAAAUAUUUGGACGUGACAAGGAGCUGGAGCAUGUAUUGGGAUUUCUCAAUGUACUUACAAAUUCAAAACGCAAGAGAGCAACUAGUUCAACCAUUGCAUCAACAAGCGCAUCAACAAGCAACCAAGUUAGUGAUGAAUCGAUAAUAUUGAAUCUUCCUGUUUUGCCAAUAGUUGGAAUUGGUGGUGUUGUAAAGACUACUCUGGCCCAACUAAUUUGCAGCCAUCAAGGAGUGAAGUCUCACUUUGAGAUGAUAAUUUGGAUUUUCGUCUCAGAUGACUUUGAUGUGAAGAGGUUAACUAAAGAGGUCAUAGAAUCAUGUCUUGGAAAUCUGGCAACAACUGAUAAUUUGGAUUCUCUUCAGCGUGCUCUCUCUGAGCGUGUGAAAAAUAAAAGAUUAUUGAUAGUCCUUGAUGACAUGUGGGGUGAUGCAUUAAAGGAAAAUGGGCAGUGUUGGAAGAGAUUUUGUGCACCUUUUAGAAGUAUCCAAGAGGGAAGUGCGAUGUUGGUUACCACUAGAUGUCCAAAUGUCGCCGAGGGGGUGCGGACAAUGGAGCCCAUCAUAUUAGAAGGUCUAGACGACGGUGUCUUCUGGAAUUUCUUCAAGUCAUGUGCGUUUGGAUCCGAUGGUGGUAACAAUGAUCCUGAGUUAGAGUGCAUUGGUAGAAGAAUACUUCCUAAGUUGAAGGGUUCUCCUUUGGGCGCCAAAACACUGGGGCGCAUGUUAAGCACGGACCUUCAAGCAUCACAUUGGAAUUAUAUACUUGAAAGUGAACUGUGGGAGUUGAAACAAAAGGAGACUGACAUUUUGCCCGCCCUUCGAUUGAGCUACAUGUAUUUACCAUUCUAUUUGAAGCAGUGCUUCGCAUUUUGUGUUGUGUACCCCAAAGAUUACAUCUUUCAGAAGGAACGCUUAGCUGAAAUCUGGGUAGCAGAAGGCUUUGUGGAACCUCAAGGUCGUGUUAAAAUUCAAGAUAUUGGCUGCCAGUAUUUUGAAGACCUUCUAGCACGGUCCUUCUUUCAAAAGUUGAGUUAUCGGAUAGUAUUGGCAACUGGAAGCAUCUUCGUUACCUUGAAAUCUCUGAAGAUUCUUUUAUAUGCCAGGAAAUGCAAACUAGAAAGCUUGCCCAGUGACUUUGGUAAGUUGAUCAAGUUGCUGAAAUUUGAGUCAAACGGAUUAACAUAUUGUGCCGGGGGCCACAUGCAUUUGAAUUCAAAAGAUGGGCAGGAACAAGGAUUUAGGUUAAUAAAGAAUUUGAACCAAUUCCGGGGAAACUUGGUGAUAUCUAAUGUUGGAAUACUAAGUAAGGAUCAUGCGGCUGAAGUUGAACUGAAAAAUAAGAAAUAUCUUGAAAACUUGAAGUUGAAUAUGUGGGAUAUGCAGGCUACACAGGAUGCUUUAGGCUUCCAUAAGUUUAACAGCCAUGACAAGGAGAUAAAAGAGGUGCUUGAAGUUUUGGAGCCUCCUAUCAAACUCAAGUCUCUGUCCCUCGAUAAUUAUGACGGUGUAUCACUCCCAAGCUGGUUUCAACCACAAAACUUGCCAGCCUUAAAAUCACUUACUUUUGCUGUUUGUGUUCGACUCGAGAGCAUAUCAUCUCCCUUGAUCUCACAUAGUGUUAACUUAAAUGAGACACAUGCAGCUGGUAUUUUCAUGUCUUUGACAAACGUAACCAUUGAUGGGUGCGAAAGUAUAUCAAGCCUCGAACAUUUUCUGCAUCCAGAUUGUGUACCGGCCAUCAAGACAAUAAGAAUUGAAGAUUGCAAGAUGUUAGCAUCAGUAGCAACUGAAAAGUUUGGGGAUUUUCAUUUUCUUGAAGAACUGGACAUGCUCCGUUGUCCAAAAAUCUGCCCCCAAAGAUUGGUUUCGUCUUCCCUUAAGAAGCUCAAUUUGCGUGGUUCUGGUCUCUUUUGCAGUAUUGAAUGCUGCGCCCUCACGUACUUUUAUUUACAAUGUGAGUUUGUCACAUCUAUCCAACUGCAAAUGUGGAGUCUUCCAGCUCUACAGAUAUUGCAUAUCGAGUGCAAAUCACUUGCAUCUAUUGGAGGCUCCACAAACCUUUCCAUUUCGGCAAGCACUGGCAGCAUUGGAACAUUCUCAUCCCUAGUUGUCCUAUCAAUUCAGAGUUGUCAGAACUUUUCAACCCUUGAUGACUUCCUAACACAAGAAUAUGUACCUGCGAUUGUGAAAAUUGAGAUAUUGUGUUGUAUGGAGUUAUUGUCCCUGCCAGGUGAAAAUUUUGGUAGUUUUCCUCAUUUGAAACAUCUAGUAGUUAAUAAGUGCCCAAGACUCACCUGGCAAAGGGGGUUGGUCUUGCCAUCAACUCUCCAAAGGCUCGUCUUAACGAGCUGUGGGGAUGUAUCUCCACAUGUUCCUAGCUGCCUCGAUAACCUCACAUCCCUUGUCUCGCUGAGCAUUGGUGGCCUGAGCAUAACAUCUAUUCCAGGUGACAUUUGGCACAAUAAUCUUGCAUCACUUAAGGAAUUGGUGAUUGAGGAUUGUCCAUACCUACUUUCAUUUGGUGGAGCUAAGGCAGUUGCAAAAAUAAAGAAGGUGUUGAUACGCAAUUGUCCAAAAUUGAAAGGAGUGGAGAAGAUCUGGUGUAGAGGUCGCCUAAGGACUUCCACCAAGCAUGCUGGCGCCGUGCUCCCGCUCCCGCUCACCGUGCAGCCGUGCACCGGCUUGUGA